AGAAAAAAAAAUGGUGAGAGAUUCGAUCUGAGGACCUAGGCCUGAGCGACAGUUGGAUAUAGAGAGGUGGAGAGAGAGAGAGAGAGAGAGAAUAAGAGAGACAAUCGGGGGACUCCAAUCGACGAGCAAUUUGAGCUGAAUCGACGUCGUUUUGUGGGGGAGGGGCAGGGCUUCUCAUUUUGUCUGAAUCUUUGUCAGAACAACUCAGAUUCAGUUCUGGACCUUCUUGUUCGUCCACUUUCACGACGAUACACAACGAGUUCCACUUUGCUGGCGAAACCCUACGUCCGUACGUACUCGGUACUCCGCUGAUAAUUCUUCAGGAAUUGUUUCUUAUUUUUUCCUAAGACAUCAAUCAUUGCCAUCAGCGUGCACCUUAUAUGAUAAACACUCAAGUUGGUCUUGUGAGAAUAGUGGGCAGUUCAAAGUCGGGCAGCGUUAGUCUGCACUGUUGAUGACGUUACUAGAUAUGGCUUUGUGCUCUCAGUGCUAAUUCCUUCUAAAAGUGCUUCAGAUUGAUACUUUCUUUUGUCUUACAGAUUCCUGCUCAAUUGAAUGGGUUCCUGAAAUUAAUUAGGCCAUAAAUGGAAGCAUUUGGUGAAAGAAUUAUCUGAAUGGAGUUACUGGAUGAACACGCAAUUUUGUGUUGAACCAAGGGAAAAUGCUAUCAAAUUGGAAUCCCUGUAUUAAUUUGAUGCUUAUUUCCUUUGGGUACACUUUAUUCAUGUUCUUUGGGAUAUCCAGAAGUAAAGAGGGUUUCAACAGUGUGAUAUAAGAAGAAAGCAUGGAGUAUGUAUCAGACAAAAGAUUUCCUCUGGAUGCAAAAGAUUAUAAGUUAUAUGAAGAAGUCGGUGAAGGUGUUAGUGCUUCUGUGUACAGGGCACUCUGUAUACCACUUAAUGAGAUAGUUGCCAUCAAGGUUCUUGAUCUGGAAAAAUGCAGUAAUGACCUGGAUGGUAUCCGGAGGGAGGUACAUACGAUGACUUUGAUUAAUCACCAAAAUUUAUUACGAGCACAUUGUUCGUUCACUGCUGGCCACAGCCUUUGGGUCGUGAUGCCAUAUAUGGCUGGGGGAUCCUGCCUGCAUAUAAUGAAAUCUGCAUAUCCUGAAGGUUUUGAAGAGCCUGUUAUUGCGACUUUAUUGCAUGAGGUUCUAAAAGCUCUUGUAUAUCUACAUGCUCAUGGCCACAUCCAUAGAGACGUGAAGGCUGGGAAUAUUUUAAUUGACUCUAAUGGUGCAGUCAAGUUAGGUGACUUUGGAGUGUCAGCAUGCAUGUUUGAUACUGGAGAUAGACAGCGUACCAGAAAUACUUUUGUUGGAACUCCGUGCUGGAUGGCUCCUGAAGUUAUGCAGCAAUUGCAUGGCUAUGACUUCAAAGCAGACAUCUGGUCAUUUGGAAUAACAGCACUUGAGCUUGCUCAUGGCCAUGCCCCAUUUUCCAAGUAUCCACCCAUGAAAGUUUUGCUGAUGACUUUACAAAAUGCACCCCCAGGCCUUGACUAUGAAAGAGACAAGAGAUUUUCAAAGUCUUUCAAAGAGAUGGUAGCAGCUUGCUUAGUGAAGGAUCCAAAGAAACGUCCAACUUCAGAGAAGCUUUUGAAGCACCAUUUUUUCAAACAUGCACGACCAGUUGAUUAUCUGGCUCGUACUAUUCUUGAUGGCCUUUCUCCGCUAGGUGAUCGUUUUAGGAUGCUGAAGGCAAAGGAAGCUGAUCUCCUUGUGCAGAAUAAGGCUCUGUAUGGGGAUAAAGAACAUUUAUCGCAGCAAGAGUAUAUCCGAGGAAUCAGUGCCUGGAAUUUCAACCUUGAGGAUUUAAAAAAUCAAGCUGCCCUUAUUCAGGAAGAUGGCAUGCCCAAUGCAUCAAGUAAGAAGCAAAAUGAGAAGGAUGAAGAUGUUAGUUUUCCAGCUGAGGGGGCAGCUAUUGAAAUGGAAAACCAACCAAAUGCUGCACCUGAUCAGGAGGAUGGUUUCAACGAUCUUCAUGAUUUGGACAGCUCACUUGCUUCAUUUCCUAUUAAACCUCUUCAAGCACUUAAAGGCUGUUUUGAUGUUUGUAAGGAUGAUGAGAGUGCGACUAGUCCUAGAACCAUUGUUCAAGAAAAUGGAAGAAGCGAGGGUGAGACUUCAGGUCAAAGUAGAUAUUUACCACGUCAUGUCAUUCCCGAGCCUAAAAAAUUUUUGAGUGGUUCAGUACUACUGGAUAGUGUGCUUUCUCCUAAAAAGGUUAUUGGUGAUGGGGAGAGGGAUCAUCUACAAUUAAAACAUCAACCUGAGCGGAACUAUAGUGGUCCAUUGUUGUAUCGCCAGAAGGGUCAUGCCAAUAACCCUGCUUCUGCUGAGGAUAUGUCUGAAGGAGCAGUUGUCCAACGUAAGGGGCGCUUCAAGGUCACUCCAGCGGAUCUCAGUCCCAAGGGUCCUUCGAACUGCUUUUUUGGUCCUGCUUGUGGAGGUUCAACUAGUCCAGCAACCACAAACCUUGCAGCUGCCAAUGUUCUCCCAUCAUUACAAUGCAUUCUGCAGCAAAACAGCUUGCAAAGGGAAGAAAUAGUUAAAUUGAUCAAAUAUACGGAACAGAUCUCUGGAACACAAGGGGAGUGCACUGAUGCAAGCAGCAGUGAUCUUUUGCAGAUGCCUCUGGCCUCUGGGAGGGAGAGAGAAUUACAGUCUCUGGUGAUUCAUCUGCAACAGAGUGUCGGGAAUCUCGUUGAACAAUUGCAAAGACAGAAGUUGAAAAAUGCCCAGUUAGAAAGACAAUUGAAAGUUAUGACCAACAAAGACGAAAAUAUUAGAAACGGAAGUGAAGGAUAAUGGCAAUGUCAUGUCUGCAGUCUACCAUUGUCAACCAUACAAUUGCUUCGGCGGAACAAUAGAAAAUGUUGCUGAAAGAAGAUGAAGUGUGACGGCAGUGUUGUGGCCACCGCUUGAUGAUUUCGUUGGUGCUUUGAUGGUAUGUGGAGUCUGCAAUAGGAGCAAUUUUCUUCCUCUUCUUUCUUUUGUUGUACUCGUAGUGUACCAUAUGUGUGACUGUGUGUUAGUGCAGACGUUCAAAUUUUGAGAAUGCUAUUCCUUGAAUCCCGUUGUGUAACAUGUAAUUUAUUGAACUGAUAUUGUAAUUAUAAUUCAUAUUAGUUCAAUUCUCUCUUUUUCUA